AUGUUGCUCACACUCUCUAACCCGGUCAAGUCCGAUUUCGAAUACAAACCUCAUGCCUACUCUCCAGCCUUCUCAUCCUCUUCGGCUUCUCGUUACUCAAACAGGCACCACCGUGGGCUAUCUCCACCUUCAGAGGCAGUCAACUCCUCCCACACCAUGGGCACACCUCAUCGAGGACUCCCUCCCCCCUCGGCGAUGACGUUGCCAGAUCCCGCACGAGGACCUCCACCAAUGUCAUCGUCAUUGGGCCAGUUACCCCCAGCGCCUUCGCAAUGGCAAGGUGCAGAAGAUGGGAUGAAGAACUGGCUGGCGGCCAAAGCUGAAGAAGAAAGACGUAAGCAAGAGGAGGAAAAGACGAGACAAGAAACUUUACGACUUGAGCAACGCAAGGUCGAGCAGUCCAUGCUCCGAGAGUCUAUGCAGGGAGGAGUACCACCUCACCUCGUACCUAUUAUCUUCGCUGGCAUUGGUGGAGGGAACCUCGCAAACAUCAGUGCCGAAUGGAUACAGCAGUAUACGACUCAGGUUCAAGCUGCCCAUCAACAAGCGCAAGUUCAGGCACAGGCACAAGCACAACUUUCCCCGGAUCUUCGAAGAGACCCGAGAUUGAUCGGACAGCAGCAACCAGCAGUGUAUCCUGGACAGCAGCAACCUGCCCAACCCAUACUACCUUCGACGUCAGUCCUACCCGGGCAACCAUUGCCGCCGCAAAUCCAACCUCCUCCGCUUUCCGCAAGUGCGUACAGUGGUGGACAAACGUCACCGCACUCACGAGCUGCACAAGCUGGUCUUGGUGGCCCUUCUGCAGCAGCUCCACGGUCAUUACCUCAGUCACAGCUUCCCCGAUUGACCACGAACGAGAUGACGGUACAACAGCCCCCUGCCGCCCCUGCAGGCGUGCAGCAAUUACAGCAGACGCAGACGCAACAACAAGAGCAAUCCUCGCCCUCGAUAUACUUUCAUCACUGGGUACCUCCGUCCUCGGCUUCACAAGAGAAGAGUGCUAGUGGGAACCCGCCAGCUACGCCAUCAGGUAAAUACAAAACUUCGCCUGUUCACCAGUCACGGCAACGUGCUGCGUCGCAUGCGUCUGACCUAGAAUACACCAGCUCCCCCAAAAAGCGCAAGGCUCAAGGCCCUCACCCCCCUCCACCGCCGCCUACAUCGGCGCCAGGAUCAUACACAUCACCAUCCUUCUCGCACAUAUCGUCGUCAUCGACAUCGACACCUGGAAGAAGGGGACACGCUCGAAACCGAUCAGAUGCAUCCACGAGAGCGGCGGAAGGCUCCAGUGGUUCCUUGAGCCGACGAGGCACUAUCUCGGGGCUUGCGCACGAGACAAUUGUGCGGCAAGGCGACAUAGCAGAAGAAGCAAGGGACGCAGACGACAAGGCACAGUCAAAAUCGGAUCAUGCAUACGCAACACCGCCUCAGCGCAAUGAAGCUCGCGGUCAGAGCCAGCAGAACUACGCGCCGGCCUCAACAUCUGCUCAACCUGAAACGCCAAAUCACGCGACAAGUCAGCAAUGGAAUCGAGGUUAUACGUCAUCACCCAAGAGAGAAGCGGGUGACCAUUAG